AAACAAACCAAAACAUCAGUCUUCUCCUACAUUGGACCGCUCUGUGACUCACAUCCAUCCAUAAAUUCGAACAUCUUCUGUUCUUCCCUUCUGCUUCUCAUUUACUUUCCCUCAUCAAAUACGCAUCUUCUCAAUCUUCAAUUUACUCUACUUUCAGUUUUGGCUUUCGUUCUUUCCUUCCAUUCUCUCGCCGGAAUCUUUUGUUCCCGGCGACCGGCGUUGGAUUGAUUGACAACAUUCCCCUGUUUAUUCUACUUUCCUAUUUCAACUUAUCCUUGCGAAAUUUAUGGAGAUAAAUCGUUUCAUUUUCGUAUUUCCUUAUCGAAAUCCAUAUCGUAAAACCUAAUUCAAUAAAUUCUUACACAAAUACUGAUUUCUUUCUGUAAAUCAGGCGAAAAUCUCGGUGAUCUCUCUUGUUCUUCAGGUUUUACCUCAAUAUAAAAAUCCUUUCCUUUUCAUUUCUUUUCUCUGUGAGGAAGAAUUGAUCAAUGCAAUCGUCCAAUCUCGAAAGUUUCUUGAACUCUACAACACCUGUUGUACCAUCCCAAUUCCUCUCCAAGAGUGAGGUUUCAAAGCUUAAUAGGCUAUGGCAUCCAUGGGAGAGGGAGAAAGUUGAGUUCUUCACGUUGGGUGAUCUUUGGAACAGUUUUGAUGAAUGGAGUGCUUACGGCGCCGGAGUUCCGAUUAACGUCGACGCCGGAGAAGAUGAAACAAUCAUCCAGUAUUUUGUUCCUUACUUAUCUGCCAUUCAAAUCUUUACCAGCAAUUCAUCCUUGAACUAUUUAAGGGAAGAGACGGAUUCAGAAACAAGGGAUUCAUUCAGCGACUCGUUUAGUGACGAGAGCGAGAGUGAGAAGUUGUCGAGGUGGGAUGGAUGUUCAUCAGAAGAAGGCGUGUUUGAUCGUGAGACUCCUUUGCAUUUCAACGAUCGAUUGGGUUACCUUUACUUUCAAUACUUUGAACGAUCAACGCCUUACGAGAGAGUUCCUCUCAUGGACAAGAUCUGUAUGUUAUCUCAAAAGCACCCUGGCUUAAUGUCGUUAAGAAGUGUUGAUCUCUCGCCGGCUAGUUGGAUGGCAGUUGCAUGGUACCCAAUAUAUCACAUUCCAUUGGGAAGGACCAUAAAGGACUUGUCCACAUGUUUUCUCACCUACCACACCCUUUCAUCAUCAUUUCAAGAUACAGAUAACGAAGAUCAGAAUGGGUUCUCGGUGAAGAAGAACGACAAAGGGGAAGAAGGAAUCCGACUCCCUCCGUUUGGACUUGCGACUUACAAGAUGCAAGGGGAUGUGUGGAUAUCCGGUAAGAGCGGCAAGGACCAAGAAAAGCUUGUUUCGCUUUUGAACGUGGCUGGUUGCUGGCUAAAACAGUUAAAUGUACAACAUCAUGAUUUUAACUACUUUAUGGGGUAUCGGUAUGGUUGAUAGAUCAAGUAAAUAUGACGUUUUUGGAAGAUUCGCGUGAAACCCACACGCAAGAGAGGUGUUUUCGACUUGUGGAAAGUCUUUGGGUUAUCUUUUCUUUCCGCCUUUUCGGUUUCUUUUUUGGCAUUAAGAGAGGAUCAGGGAGAGGAUGUUAGGCCAAAAAUUAGUUCCCUUUUUGCCCUUUAUUGCCUUAGUGUCAAACUAGGUGUUUUGAAACUUCUGGAGUUAUGGGAUUUUGUAUAUAUAGAUGUCUGAGUAUGUGAAAACGGUUUUCCCUGACGUAUAUGUUUAAUCAUCUUUCGUGUUAA